AUGUUGUUGUAUGUAGCCAUACUAACCCUAAUAGUAUGGUAUCUCUACCGUUUCUACUCUUCUUUGUCAGACCUACCACCAGGACCAUUACCUAUACCAAUAGUUGGUAAUCUACUAAGUUUUGUCGGAAUCGACCGAUGGGAAGACAAACUGGUCGAAUGGAAACAAAAGUACGGUGAUGUGUUUACAAUUCACAUCGGCUUACAACGUUUUGUCACUGUGAAUUCGUACAAAGCUGCUGUAAAGUAUUUUGUCAAGGAUGGUGACUCUUAUACGGAUAGGUUGAGGAAUGGCGUCAAUGAGAUCGUGAGGGGUGGCAACUAUGGUGUAGUAGAGACUGGUGGCCAUUUAUGGUUGGAGCAGAGAAGAUUUGCCUUGAAAGUUUUGAGAGAUUUUGGGUUGAGUAAGGCUCAAAUGGAACAGAGGGUAAGUUUUUAUUUUCUCUCUUUCCCUCUCUCUCUAGACUUGUGAUAAGACAAAAUCAAUAAUAUAAUUUAAAAGAUAAGAAGUAUACUACCUUACCUGACUCCCUUUUACCUAAUUUUGUCGUGCUUUCCUCUACCACACUCUAAAAACUAACUGGCACUAUUCCAGGUACUAGACGAAGUAGAAUACAUUCUAAACCAAAUCGACAGUAAAGUAAAAAACGGUGUGAAAAAAUCGAUUUAGAACACUACACCGACAUAGCUGUCGGCUCAGUAAUCAACGCUGUCUUAUUUGGCUAUCGCUACACUGAUGGUAACGAAGCUGAAUUCUAUCAUCUUAAAAAGGUUUUAACUGUAGCCACAGAUCGUUUUGCUUCUAUAUGGGGCACAUUCUUAGUCUUUAAUACAGAACUUUUCAAUUUGAGAAUACUAAAACCGUUCAUAACAUAUGUCACUGAAAUGAUGGUUCAGAUAAUAGAUAACUUGCUGAAGCAAAUUGAAGACCAUAAAAAGAACAAUGACUACAGUAAUCAGUCUACUGAAGCUAAAGACUUUGUCGACGCUUAUAUGAUUGAAAAGUAUAGGUUAGAAGCCAAUGGUGAAUAUGAUACAACUUUCAGUGAAAAACAACUAGCUAAUGUUUGUUUUCAUUUGUGGAUUGCUGGUCAAGAAACAACUAGUAUUACCCUAACAUGGGCUAUAAGUUACAUGGUGAAUCACCCAGAAACUCAGCAGAAAGCACAAGAUGAAUUGGACAGAGUAAUAGGAUCAAAUAGAUUGAUUACUAUGGCUGAUAGAAAAGACCUUCAUUAUGUUAACGCAUUUGUCAAUGAAGCUCAAAGAUGUGCUAAUAUUUUGCCAAUCAACCUUCCCCGUAGAACCACCAAAGACGUUGAAAUAGACGGAAAAUUAUUGCCAAAGGGUACCAUCGUCUUUCCACAAAUUUCUACCAUCAUGCAUGAUCCAGAGGUUAGUUUAAUGUUUAUAGGGCUCCAUUAGGGCAAUUUUAGGUAUAUCACUGUAAUUUUAAAGGAUGAUAAAGUAAGACAGAAUAAAAACAAUUCAAGAGUAAUGCAGGCUUAAUACGUAAGAUAUCAAGUUAAAAAAAUGAAUUUUUAGGUAUUUGACUCCCCUUCAACCUUCAACCCAGGCCGUUUUAUUGAUGAAAACGGCCGUUUCAAACAAAUAGAAGAAGUCGUACCUUUUUCAAUUGGCAAAAGAGCUUGUUUAGGUGAAGGACUAGCUCGCAUGGAGCUGUUUCUUAUCACAGCUAACAUACUCAACCGAUACAAGUUAUCUGUCGGCGAUCAACCACCUUCAGUAAGAAGAAUGGCCGGCAUGAUGGCCAGGUUAAAUCCAUUCAAUUCUCAUGUUGAGUUAAGACAAUAG